AUGCUUGUACACACCGUCUGCCAUAUUCACCCAAAGGGAUGCCGAAUUGGAGCAGCAUGUCCGUAUCUACAUGAUGUUUCAGCCAUUGCGGCUAAGCAGCCUUCGUCCGAGCAGCAGACACCUGCCCAGUCCUCGGGGAAUGAAAGCCAGAGUUCGACAAAAGCCAUUGUCACUGGAGCCGAGAGAUUGAACAUUGGUGAGAACCAGUCGAAGCAGAGCUCUGCCGCCGCUCCUGUCCAGCCCCGAAGACCAGUUUCAAAAUUGGAGCAGUCACACCCAAGAGAGUUUCAGAUCAACCAAUUGAGGCGCCGUUACCGUCCACAGGAAGUCAAUGAUGCUCAGGGUACUACUCUGACCUUUGGCUUGGUACCUUCUGACCCGGACUUCCCGUUUGAGCUUGAAAGACUCCACUGUGUCCUUCAUGUGCCAACCUCAUACCCAAAAGGGCGGCCAACGCUUGCAGUGACCAAUUCUGAAAUGGAAGCUGCAUAUCAAGCCAAUGUCGUCAGAGGCUUCGAUGAGAUCGUCGAUCUUACGUACCGCAUCAGUGCCCGAGGGACUCUUUUGGGUUGGCUGAACAGUCUGGACAGAAAGCUCGAAUCAUUGCUAACUACCCUGGAGCGUGGGCCAACACUGAAGUUUUUCGCUAACCUUGGUGAUGGAUCCACAACGAAAGGACCUACCAAGGCCCCGGAAACGACUCUAAGCCAGAGCUUGCCUCGAGGUCAUGGUAAAAUGCCGAGUGCUGUUGCUAAGCCAACACUACAAGCACGAACUGUAGCACCUAAACAUACGACUGAAGCGAAAGCCGCAGCUGAGAAGAGACGAGCAACCGAGACGAAACAGCUCGAAGCGCGCCUUGGAAGACUGCCGAUGUACCAAAAACUGCCGGAUGGCAGGACAUAUGUUAUUCCCAUCCAGCCAACCAAACAGGAUCGGCUGCCGCGAACACUUCAAGCACUGAAAACUGUGAAAUUGAUUGUGCCACAGCUCUACCCGCUCGAGCACAGCUCAAUCAAGUUGCAAGGAGUCGAAGGCCCCGAAGUGAAAGCCACAGAAGUGGGAUUCGCUCAGUGGGUAGAACAAACUUCGCAGCUGAGUCUGGUAUCUCAGGUCAACUACCUGGCGAGCAAUAUCCAUAAAUUCGCUGAAGCGCCCUUACCAAACGAGCAGGAGCCCACUGAAGCUGUACCUCCCACUGUUGAAGAGGACGAGGAUGAGAAUGUGGUGGAGCCAACAAAAGCACUUGCCGCGUCCUCAACUCAAGAUAUUGAAGACAGGCCACAUCUUGUUGUCAUUCCACGGCCACCCGAAUGGUCAGUCCUUAAUCCCAACAGUGGCACCGAGGGGACAUCGGGCGAAUCGAGUUACGAGGAAGACGAGUAUUCCGAUGAAGAGGAAGACGAAGAAGGGGGCGCACCCGUUCCGGCAUCAGUGGACAACAAUGUGCCCGGACGAGGCGUCGCACUUUCUUUCCCAUUCUUGGAGCUCUACGGAAUCGAGCUACUGGAACUCACCAGCCUCAAUAUCACUAUUAAAUGUGAGAGAUGUAAAGUGUCACUCGAUGUCAAGAACGUACCACAAAUUACCGAUGAGAAGGGCCAGAUGCCGAAAAUGGAAUCGUGCAGGAAAUGCGCUAACAAUAUGAGUAUCGCGUUCCGGAGGCAGUUGAUGCAUUCCCAUGCAAAUCGUGCUGGCUACCUUGAUUUGGGCGGCUGUGCAAUUGGGGACAUGCUUCUUAGCGACUUCAUCCCAACAUGUUCGGAGUGCUCGACUGCCCAUCCGGCACCGGGUAUACCUGCAGUUCGCGGCGAGAGUGCUAUGGGUAUAUGUCGCCAGUGCCAUCGCAAAAUGGUUUUCAAGAUCCCUGAGGUGAAAUUCCUUCUAGUGGGAAGUGCAGCAAUCACUUCUCGUGGAGCACUCCCGCUCAAAAGAAAGCCUCAGGAAGUCCUCGGCAUUGUCGCAGGACAAGAACUUCCGCGACGCGGUCGUUGCCAGCACUAUGCUAAGAGUCAACGCUGGUUUAGAUUCAGCUGCUGCUCAAAAGUCUUCCCUUGUGACAAAUGCCACGACGCGGAAACCGAUCACCCGAACGAACACGCAAAUCGUAUGAUAUGUGGCUACUGCUCCCGCGAGCAAAUCUACAGACCUGAGAACUGCGGUAUUUGCAAAGCAGUCCUGAUUGGAAAGGCAGGCAGUGGGUUCUGGGAGGGCGGAAAGGGAACGCGGAACCGGGCUCUGAUGAGUCGGAAAGAUCCGAGGAAAUUUAAGCGGAUUGGAGGCAAUGCUCCUACUUCGAGUUCAUCGAAGCGGAAGUAA